CAUCAUUAUAAACAUCAAGGGAGAUUAUAAUUUACUUCUGAUUUUUCAUUAAAACUCCCUUUCUCUCCAAAUUGCAGGAAACCCAUCUUUCCUUCAGAUCCGUAAUCUUCAUCCUCUCUUCACCCUUCAAUUUGGAGUUGUAAGUUGCUAUUUAAUUGAUUUAUUGUGGCUAUCAAAGAUUGGAGCUUUUGGGGCUUUUACAUGAUAAAAGGCACCUGAGUGGACAUGGGGCAUCGGAAUAUUCAGUUCAUGAGACAUAUGAUUGAUCUAGAAAACGAUCAAGGCCCCGGCCAGCAACCCCCUGACCCUUACAUCUUUUAUCCCAGUGUCCCGAACUUCCCUCAGACUAACCUUCAGCCGGUUGUUCCUGCUCCAGGAAGCCAGUGUAAUUUCAACAUUCAUCCGAUGCCAGAUUAUCAUGAUAAUACUGUCUUCUAUGGUAUGGCACCAUACAAUGGCGUCCCACCUCAAUAUAAUCCAUUUUUGGCACCGCCGUCUGGAAGAAGAGAUUUUCCUGUACAAGUAAAUCAUGGGGCUCCCGAUCAAUUUCCGUUGUCAACAACUCAUGGGAUUGUUGGUCUUCCUACAGACAGCUACUGCAGAAACAUGCCCUGCUCAGAUGGCGUCCGUGGGGUUCCUAAUUAUUACCAUCAAAAUGCUUCAGCUGGCCCUAGUUCUUCGGUUACCCCUAUAAUUGCUAGGCCAGCUGAGCCUGAUAUUACUCGGGCUAACACGACCAGUUUUGUGCCUCUUGAAUAUGGUGGGAAUAAUGUGAGUAUGGUAGGAGUGCAGUCUGUCCAGGCUCAUAAUGCUAAUCGUGCGAUCCAUGGAAACUAUAUCGCGCCACCCGUUCCAUUGCCCGGCAACCCUUGGUUGGAUAGCAAUUUUCAUCCGAACAACGCUAGUGCGAAUGGAGUGUGUGUUGAAGCCGGUGUACAAGGUUAUCCGUUAAGAGCCAUAAACAGAGCUCCAGCUGGCUUUAUGCAUCCUCCAUAUGCUCCAGGUCAUCCUAGCCAACACCAUCCAACUCAACCGUUGCAACUGCUCACUGUUAAUCGCCCAUCAAAUAGGAUCCCCACGAAUAGUUCGUUGAAUACAGGCAUAAAUCCUACUCUAGAUGUAGCAGAUGUUGGGCCUACAUUUCUGGCGCCUGUUCCACCCACAGGUUUUCGGUUGUACAGGCCUCACCGAAGAGAAAUCAUAAUUGAUCCAAACAUCAGACAUCGCAACCUUCCUCAUUUAAGAGUUUUGCCUGAAGAUGAAGUUGCGCUGCUUGAGAUUUCUGGCCAUCAUGAAAUUGGAGCUACCGUUGAUCAGCACCGAGAUCUACGUUUGGAUAUAGAUCACAUGUCUUAUGAGGAGCUUCUUGCAUUGGGAGAACAGAUGGGCAGUGUUGGCACUGGAUUAUCGCAGGAAUUCGUUCAAAAUAAUUUGAAAGUACGAACUUUUAAACUGUCCCCAACUCGUGUCGAGCUUGAAGCGACAAAUGAUCUGCAAAGAACUAACUUUUGUGUUGUAUGCCAGAGCGAUUACGAACCUGAACAAAAGAUCGGAACCCUCGGAUGCGGCCAUGAAUACCACAGUGACUGCAUCAAGAAGUGGUUGCUGGUGAAGAAUAGUUGCCCUGUAUGCAAAUCCCCGGCUCUGAGAGCCGACUGACGUUGGCCUGAAAGUUUGAACCUCUUGCAUUUAAAAACCCUUGGUAAUUAUUCUAUAAUCAAGACUUACUUGAUUCAUGUAUUAUAUUUUUGUAUAUACAUGCAAAAAUAUGACUCCCCCAAAUUGUAUAGACCCAUUUGUUUGCUGUGGUUAUUCAUGAAAUGCAGUGUUUAAAUUGUACUAUAA